ACUAGGAACAGAGUCAAGAGAUUUGGUUUGGAACUGGACACUAAAUUACAUCCGCGCAUGGAUUUGUGGGAGUGAGUCAUAUAGCGAUGACGUAGCCAUGCACAACCGGUCAGUAUGGUAUUUCCUUUUAGCUAGCUUUUUCAAAACAACCUGAGAGGACAAUGUUUCGUGUGUAGCUCGAUCUGGCUAUGAUCGCAAAUGGAAAUCGAACGGUCGGGAAUGGCCAGCGGCCAUUAGUAGCUAAUAUAGCUAGCAUAGUCUAGUGUGUGUUGAUGUUGUUCUCGCCAGUAUUCUGUCCAGUAGAUUCCCACCGCUCUUUCGUCACUACAGGAUGCUCAAGCUGUUCGGAGCGCUAGUUCUUGUGGGACUAGCGCUGGCGUGCUUAGCUUCCUGGGUGCUGGAGAGUUAUGACACCUCUUGGCACCCCAAACGGAAUGUUCGGCAGUUCAACGCCGGGGAUGGAGAGGAGGCUAGUAGGACAUGUCUUCCUCCGUAUCCCGGUGGCAAAUUGGAUAACAUAUUCUGGUUCGUGCAGGUGUCUGACAUUCAUAUCAGUCGAUUCCAUGACAAAAAACGAAUUUCAGACUUUGAGAAGUUCUGCACUGAUACCGUUGAAGUAAUCCAACCUGCUCUUGUGCUCGCAACAGGAGACCUGACGGAUGCGAAGACCAAGAGCAAGGUGGGCUCCCUGCAGCAUGAGGUGGAGUGGCAGGCCUAUCACGACAUCCUGAAGAGGUCUCGGGUGCUGGAGCGCACCAAAUGGAUUGACAUCCGCGGAAACCAUGAUGCCUUCAAUAUUAUUUCCUUGGAUAGUGUCAACAACUACUACAGGAAGUACUCAGCCAAUCAGAAAGUUGGCUCCUUCCACUAUGUCCACAAGACUCCCUUCGGCAACUACUCCUUCAUCUGUGCUGAUGCAACCAUCACCCCCGGACCCAAGCGGCCGUACAACUUCUUUGGCAUUCUCAACCAGACUCAGAUGGACCUGUUGGCAUCCUUCAGGACUGAGAGCCACAGCAGCAACCAGACCAUCUGGUUUGGCCACUACACCACUUCAACGGUCAUCUCCCCCUUUCCAGGGGUGAGAGGCGUGAUGAGCUCGGCUGUAGCGUACCUGUGUGGUCACCUACACACUCUGGGCGGCCUGAUGCCUGUACUACACAGCAGACACCCCGAGGGCACCCUGGAACUGGAGCUAGCUGACUGGAUGGACAAUCGCAGGUACAGAGUGCUGGCGUUCGACCACGACCUGCUGAGUUUCAUGGACCUGAAGUUUCAGCAGUGGCCUGCAGUACUCAUCACCAAUCCCAAGGAGGCGCAGUACCUCCAUCCUGGAGUGGAGCCACUGGGGAGAAUACAGAGCUCUACCCACAUCAGGAUCCUGGCCUUCUCUGAUGCCCCGGUCACAGCAGUUCACGUCAGCGUGGACGGGGUGGAGAUGGGUGAAGGCCGGUCUGCUGGAGGUCCUCUGUAUGUGGUGCCAUGGGAACCCUCGCUCUACCUCACUGGGCUGCACACUGUCACUGUCAAAGUGAAGGACGCGGUGGGGCGGUCGACUUUCCGAGAACAGCUCUUCACCCUGGAAGAGGACCUCUCCCCCAGCUUUGGUUUCUUCCAGUCCUUCAUCCUGCUCACUGACCACUACAUCCUGGCCCGGGUAGCCUUUGUCGCAGGGAUGCUGCUGAAUAUUGGAGUGCUGGUGGCGUUCAGGUUCAUGCCUCUGCCCUCUGUCAGAGUGUCUUCAAGUCUGUCCUCUUGCGCCUGUCUGUCCCUGCACCUGGUCAGUAAAGCAGACACUUUCUACUACUCUCUACUGCUCUUCAACCUCUGCACUGCCUUAGGUCCCUGGUUCAUAGGAGAGUUGAUUGAUGGUCACAGUGGGGCUUGCUUUGCCUUCGGAGUGGUUAUCGACGGACACUUCCUCGAGGGAAGUCUCACUUAUGUUGUUGGGGUUAUGCAGCUGCUCUUCUUCAACAUGCCUCUCACCUGUUACCUGUGCUGGAGCCUUCACCUGCGUAGUCGUGGUAACUCCUUCCGCUCACACUUCUUGCGUCCGGGCUAUCGGUGGAAGACUCUGGGGGUGCAUACGGCCAUGUUGCUGCUGCUAGCCUGGCAGGGAUACUCUUGUUACUUCCUGCUGGAGACAUAUGGACCUCUGGCCUUCUUCCUGUCCCCAGUCCGCACGUGGGCAGUAGGGAUCGCCCUGCUAUUGGUCUACCGCGCCUGGAAGGGCCCCGCCCCCUGUCUCUGUGACGACAGCAAGACAACCACUUUUUCUUGACUUUCUACUGGGGGAUUCUCUUAGUUAUGGCAAACUACAUUGGCUCUACUUUUCUAUCCCAUAUUUCAGACUACUCUUUUGUGCAAAGUUGUUUCUUUCUUUCCCCUCGUGAUCAUAUUUCCCACAUGUUUAAACAGUUUAAAAGUAGUUUCAUAUGCAUGUUAGUGUAUUGCAUGUGUAGACCACACCCCUAUACACAGUCAGCGCUAUGAAGGUGUUGUUACUGUGAAGUCACUAGUUUAGUGUACAUAUAUUGUGGAUAGAAUUGAUUGUUCAGCCAAUAUGACUGCUGUUCCUCAGAAAGCUGAUGUAGACAUUGAAGUCUCUCGCCGCUGUGGUAAAACGUAUGUAUUAUUUGCCCACUUGAGGCUUGAUUUGUAGCAGUUAUUCAAUUCAAAGUGCUGCCUCGGCCAACUGCCACACAUCACUGCCAAAGGAUACAUAAUCAGUCCUGCUCUGGCAGGUUUUGUAUUUGGUUAUUGCAAACUAGCUAUAUAUUUUACACAGGUAUAGCAGACCAAUCACCCACCUGAGUUAGUUUUAAUUUUUAUUUUGAGUUCUUUGGGAAUCUGGCUUAAGAUAUCAGCUGUUUCUCAGGAAUGGGAGGCCUUGAACCAAAAACAGACUGAUGACCCAUUUAUAUAUUCAAUAUUAGCUCAGUGGUGAAUCUAUCCACUUAAAGCAUGAUGAAUGUUAAAUAAUAGCAAGGGUGCAAUGACCUGAGAUUGUGCUGGUUUCAUUUUGUGAUUAUUCUCUAUUGAGAAGUUGAUUUUGGCAGCUUUGUUAUGUAUAGAACGCAUAUAUUUUAGUGAGUUUCAGACCAGCACUGGGCGCACGAUUUAGACUGAAAUAGGUGCUGGUACUGUUUAUAUUUAGGUGCAGGAGCUCCACAAUAUUUGAGCUAAUAUUCUAUAAGAGGAACAGGAGCUCAAGCAGUAGAAAUGUUGAGGUGCCAGUACUCUGCUCCGGUGAGCUCCUGCCAAAGUCAAGCACUACUCUGGACUAUUAGGGUUGGGGUCCAAUUUCAACAAGAAAUUUGGAAUUUCAGUUGGUAUGACAAAUGACUAAACUUUGCUUGUGGGCGGUACAAUCAGUAAUGUGACAUGGCGUCCACACCAAGGGUUGAAGUGUCUCUUUACCAUUAUGGCCACGUCCCAUUGACCUUCUUUCCCCUGGGAUGGGAUCUUCAGUCAGGGAGUUGUGGUUCUCCUUUAUAGAUUGUAUCAGUUGGUAUUGGUCCUAUGCAUCAGGGGUCAUUAGAGUAUCUCACAAGCUGCCCAAUGCUGAUUAAAGGUUUCAUGACUUGAUUGUC